AGGAGACUGGAGUCGAGUGAGGAAAAUUACUUUGCAUUGCGUAAGAAAGAUACAGUUCUUCAGACCCUGUCCAUUUUGUAUCUUCUAAAGCUGUUUGGUGUUGUAAAUCCAUUGAUCUUCGUUAUGGAUGAUCCUGCUCUCUUGGCACUCACUCCACACACUGUGGAAGAUCCUGAUUCAGCAGCCACUAGACAGCUUGUAAACCCUGAGCGAGUCCACAGACAUGAAGAUCCUUAUGACUUGGUUGUGUUAGCUCAAGAAGUACAGAAAGCUGAUCAGUUUGUCCGAUGUGCUGCUAGUAAUAAACUCAUACUGAUUGCAGAACAGAUUCGUCAUCUUCAAGAACAAGCCAGGAAAGUGUUAGAGGAGACCAAACGAGAUGCUGAACUCCACCAUGCUGCUUGCAACUUCAAGAAAAGACCAGGCCAAAUGUAUUACCUGUACAAAAGACAAAAUGGAACAACAUACUUCUCAAUGCUUUCACCAAAGGAAUGGGGCCCAAGCUGUCCUCAUGAGGCAUUAGGAUCUUAUCGACUUGAAGCUGACAUGUCUUGGACUAAAGCUGAGGAUGUCGAGCGACGUAGCAAAGACAUCGCUUUGGUGGACCAACUGCUUUCAGCAGAGGUUCCAGCAAUUGAAUAUGUUCUACCACCACACAAGAACAAUGGAUUUUCUGCCAAGGCAGCUCUUAAACAUAAGACUGUGAUUGAAGAUGUUAGUGAUCAAACAGAACCGAUUGUUGAAGAACCACAGUAAAGGAAACUCAAAACAGACAUUUACAACAAGCUUUUAGAAUGACAAAAGAAUGAAAGCAACUGUCAAAGCCACAUGUUUUUAAAAUUUGAGCAAUGGACUUCAUAUGUUUGGCUUGUAGUACAUAAACUACAGAAACAAUUGAUGAAGCCAGUGAGUUGAAGCAAGCAUUUACCUUGUAUACUGUAGAUCUACUAAGUCUGUCACUGGCCACUGAGAACAAGUUAAGAUUUUGCUCAAGUAGAUUUCAGAUUUGUCAUGGAAAUUGGUAUUAACAUAUUCCUUUUAGAGUGGUUUUCAAUUGUGUCAUAAAACCAAAACCAAACCAACUACUUGCCAAUUAGACCACUUCACCAAUCUCAAGCAGCAGUAAAACCAAAACCAAACUAAUUGCCUGAUUACUCUCAACGCUCAUUUGAAAACUGCUAUAAGGCUGAUAAUUUCAACAUUUUUAAAAUUAGAUUGGGUCAGACUUAGUAACAAAAAAUAUAUAAGUAUUGUCAUCUGUAUCAUAAUAAUAAUAAUAAUAAUAAUAAUAAUAAUAAUAAUAAUAAUAAUAAUAAUAAUAUCAGACCAAUGGUUGCUGUGCAGUAUUACAAAUUAAUGUCCUCAGAAAUAUCUAUUUUUUUGUGUGGCUUAUCUAUUUAUUAUAUAACUAUUGAUUAUCUAAAUCAAUCGUGAUAGUAUGUGUCAAAAGCAAGAACUGAACAGAAGUGAUGAACUGAUUGAUGCAGUAUCCCUGGGGAGACUUGUCCUCUUUUCUCAGCUGAGACACAUAACCAGGUUCCAGGGGACCAGCAGUGCUAAAAGCAUAAUUUCAAGCACUUUUGUAAAGGAGCUCCCCCACUCUGGGUGUUGCACUAAGUUCAAAACCAUAUAUCAUUUAUAAGCCAAAGACAGUCACGUGGUCUGGACUUCAGUAAUGUUAAUCGCAUAGCAAUGUUUCAGUGGAUUUAGCAAGAAACUGCAAGAGCUUGUUGAUAAAAAAAAAAUGCAUCUGGUUUGGGAACGUGACAAACCAGACUGGCACAGUUUCGUACAUAAGACUGUCUUUUGCCGAAUGUGUAAUGCAUAAAAGGCAUUUACUUGCAAGCAACUCCUUCACCAAAUAUAAGCAGGUAUUUUUUUAAAGAGUACAUAAUGGAUCAUGAUGAUGGUAUUAUAUUUUACAAUUGUAUUUAAUGUUAUUAAUUUUAGCUUGAUUCCCAUGGAUGGUGCAUUGCACACUUUGGCAACAAUUCUUUAUAGCAAUAAACAAUAAGGAAUUAAUGACGUA